AUGUCUCUGAGUCUUGCGCCUUACAACAAUGGCAUGCGCCUUGGCCAAGGCUUCAAUUCGUACACACAGCAAAUUUGUAUUGACGACGCUGUUGUAAUUGAUCCCGACCGCAUCGAUAACGCGGUUACCAACGAUGGCUUUACCAUGCGAGAGCUUCGGUACGGUAUUGGUGCACGAGCUAAUGCCGCCCGCGCCGCCGUUGAAGAUCAGUCUGAAGACGACGAUGAGGACGAGGACGGGAUUCAACCUCAGCGUCAACUACCCGGAGUGGCUCCAACACCGGCUGUUUUGACAGGAACUGAUGCCUCGGGUGGGACACCAGCCAUGAUAGGACCUGCGCCUCCAACAGCUCUUGACAGUAUGGCAAUUCAGCUAAAUCAAGAUGUCAAGACGAUAGCCAAGCUUGUCGAGGACAUUGCCAGGCUUGAGUCCGCCAUCGAGGAAGCGGUUAGCCCCGGCAGUGACGAUACAAAACGAGAUGCUCUGCUUCUCGAAAAGAAGCGGAUGCGUCUUGCUCGCCUCAAAACGAAUGGAACUAGCCUAAAGAGUAAGAAUCCUCGUGGUGCUGCACGAGAGCUGUCUACGCGUGGCCCGAGCCAAAUCGUCACUGAAAUAACUGACGAUAUGAACAUCUCUGGAUCUCUUUCGAUUAAGUAUGGUAGCAUUGGUGGCUCCGGCAAAGGCUCUUUUAUUGAUACAGACAAAUUUAAGGAGAGUGAUCUCAACUUUUUCAUCUCCGUCAAGGUCAUCAACCAAAGCAUCAACAUCAAGGAUGCCCUUGUUUUCCAGGGCCUUCCCUCGGUGAACAAGGAUAACUUUCGCUCCGUCUUUGGAGACUGCUUCAUAUCGGGGUUUCUAGAAGGCGGUGAAUUUAACGCGCUUGUAAGCAUGAAAGUCUUGAAUAAGGACAAGCGCACGGCUGUCAAAGCCCAAGCAGAAAUCGCUUUGAGCGCUGGAGCUGCGGACAUCAAAGCUCAGGCCAGUGUUGACAUGAGCAAGUCCAACUUUUCGUCCCAGACGGAGACGACCGUUCAGGUCGGCUGGUCGGGUGGCGGCCACAUCAAGCCGGUGGAUCAACUUUGGACGAUCCAAACUUUGAUGGAGACCGCUGCCAAGUUCCCCGACCUCGUCGCGAACUCCCCCCAGCGUACUUAUGCUAUCCUCACCAAGUACGAGUCUCUUCGGAGUUACAUGGCCCUGAAGCCCCCGGAGCUUAAGCCGAUGUAUUACGAAAAUGCAGCCAUCUACACCAACUCUCUGCUGGACGCUUACAUGGACUACAAGAACAUAUACCGUACCCUCGGAACUCAACUUUUUGACAUCCAAGCCGGCACGAAGAAAUUUGGAGAAUGGGGUCAAGAUGUGAUUAAAUUUGCUGAUUCCUCUACCCUUAUCGAGACCACCGACGAGACCCCUUUCCCUGCGACCAUUAAGGGGCUUGACCUGGCCCGCCGUGCUUGCCGGUUCCAGAUGGUCAAGAUUGUCAAGGAAAUCGAUGCAAUCGAGGAACGUCCGGACUAUGCCGCCGAUGAAAAGCGUCCAGAGGCCAUACAGAGCACCAUCAUCUUUCGCGAGCGACUUCCCACUGUCAAAGAAAAGGAAAAAGUACCAUAUCGUGAGAUUUUCGGAACUAAUGCCCCUUACCCUUCUUUGCUUGAGCGUGUCGACGGCGACGGUACGACUGACGACGAAGAUGCCAAGGCAAAGAGCUACGCAGUAGACCAACCUGACGUCGGCGUGUUCCAAAAGCUGGCACCUAUGGUUGGUUCUGCCCAAGGCACUCUCUUCUGCAACUUGGAUUUCGUCAAACCUGAUUUCAGCCUACGCACCAUUUCCGUCGACGUCAACGACGGCGUGGUUACGGGCAUCAGUGCCCGAUAUACCAACGGCCUUUUAGCUGCCGUGGGGACGGCCGGAGGUAAUUACAGGGCUUCACUUACGGUGCACCAUGAAGACGGCGAGAAGAUUAUUGCCUGCUCAAUUGAGACGGGCCGCGUCCGGGGUCUAGACAAUGCUCCGCUCCGCGUAACCGCUGUUCGGCUUUACACCAACCGUGGGCCGGAUCUCUUGGGCAAUUCGGAAGACUGGAAGCCUGCCGUGAACGGAGAGGGCAUCCGUGAUGGUAUUCAAUUCGAGAAUCUCUCCAUGAAGCACUUUGACCCUCUGCUCGUCAAUGCUCAGAUCAAAGGGUUCUGGGGUUACGGCACCACAACGCCUCAAAUCAAUUCCAAGAGCGGCAUCUUCCGUCUGGCCCCGAUCUGGGGUAACAAAGUGAGUACCGCUGCCGCUGUGGGCAACCCCAUGGAGGAUACAAUCGACCCGUCUACAGUCACAACCGAUGCAGAGGCUCGCUACUUCAGUGGUUACAGGCAUCUAGCCUGGCGAGGGACCGUAGCUGGUCGGUGUGGCACAUUCCAGCACAAUUUCUCCAAGCCGUUACCCAUUGUCCCCACGGUCAUCUACGGCUUCCUCGCCAUUGAUGUUACCAACGUCAACGGCCCUCGUGUUGCCCUUAGUCUCCCGUCUGUCUCAGAAACGGGAUAUACCUUGUCGGCCAAGUCCUUCUUGCACGGCACGCUAAAUCUCGAGGCCAGCGCCAUGGUCCUGCCAAACGGCAAGAUUCCCUUCCAGCAUGGUUAUGUUGACGCAAGUGACAACCCUGGCGGCCGUGCGGCGAAUCAGAAUGCAACGAUCUCAGUCACGUUUAGCAAGCGUUUCAAAGAACAGCCAAAGGUUAUUGUCUGGUUCACAGAGAUUUCGCAGCCACACACUCGCAAGUACCUCUGGACAUAUACCAGCAAUGUCACGGCUGUAGGGAUGACUGUCCAUAUUGACACUUGGGACAACAGUGAGUUUGAAGUGGCGCGUGUCGGGUGGUUGGCAUGGCCGGCCGAGUGUGACGGCAAGUCAGUCAGGGCUGGGAAUGAACGGUUCAUCAAGGACCAGGCGGCGACCGAGCAGACUUGGUACAACGGCAGCUUUAGCAAAGAGCCAAAAGUGUUUAUCGGUAUCAACUACAUUGACUUUCCGGGAGAUCCAACUGUCCCGGGUUCUCUGCCGGUAUUUGGAAAGCUCGAGUGGGCGACUAAGGACAAGGUGCGUUGGCAUGGAGGAACGUGGGGUGAUACGAUCAUGACCGAGAUGCGCUUUGCCUGGCUUGCGGUAGAGUAA